AUGGCCGACCCCGAGAUGGACGAAUUUGCGCAGACCCGCGGCGACGACGACCUAUUCGACGAUGAGAUCAUCCCGGUCUCCGCGCAGGAACAGCAGACACAAACGGAAGUCAUCGCCCCCGAGCCAGAACCAGUACCCGCACCAGUACCUGACCUAAAAGAGGUACCUGAGAAGCCAGCUGCUGAGAAACCAAGUCCACGUGGGGAGACUCCGCAGCGGGGCCGUGGCGGAGAAAGAGGUCGGGGACGACGGAACCGGGGGAGAGGAGGGCGUGGUGGACGGGAGUCUGAUUCAAAGAGGUCAGAAAGUUCUCAACGGCGCAAGGCUCCUACCCCUGCUAUUGAGGCCGAAUCCCAUGGCGAUGCGGGCGUCUCCAAGCCUGAAAAGGCCGUCGAGUGGUCCAAGGAGCAGUCUGGGGAGGUUAAGGAAAGUGAUGCUGAAGCAAAUGGCGCGGAGGCUCAGCGAGUACCGGCUGUUCGCGGCGAUCGAAGUGCCACCGGUGGUCUUAGGAAGCCGAAACUCACCGAAGAGGAACUGUCCAAACGUAUUGCGGCCGCUAAGGAGAAUGCCGUCAAGAAAGCCGCGGCUCAUGCUCGCGCUGAGGCUGAUCAAGCUUCAUUUGUGGAGCGUGAGCAGGUGGCAGCAAAGAAACGUCGCGAGGAACUUGCGCAUCGCCGCGUGAUGGAUAAUGAGCGCGAACAGAACAGGCAACGCAAACUCAAGGCUCAAACUGGGCGAGAGUGGGAUUCUCAGAAACGUGAGGAGGAUUAUAACCCUCGUGGUGGUGGCAGCCAGUUCCGCCGAGGAAUGCACGGAGGCGUAUCUGGCUAUGCGCGACGAGACUUUGACGGUGGUCGCUCAGAAGAUACCACCGACCACGCUGAUAGCCAAAGGGGCCGUGGCCGAGGUGGACGAGGCGGUCGUGGCCGCGGAUCUCCGCGCGAACCCCGCGGCGAGCGGCCGUCCAAGGGCCUGUCAGACAGUAAAUAUGCAACACCAAGCCCUGCCGCGCCAGGGCUGGACAAGAGCGACUUUCCCGCUCUAUCUGAAGGCACUAAGAAGCCGGAGGCGAAACCCGAGACCGAGAAGAUCGAGACGACUGUUGCACCUGCAACUGCACCUGCACCUUCCAAGUCACCAGCGACAUUGGAAAAACUCGAUUCUACGUUUUCGCCCAUAACUGGAACUUGGGCUGACCAGUUCGAGGAUGAUGAGUGA